CUCCUAAGUUUUUCGGUUUGGGGGGCAAUUUUCCAUUUCCCUAACGCCUUCUCCUAAAAAAAACGAAAAUUUCCCCUCCACCUUCUUCACCCCUUCUCACUGCUCUUCACCUCCGAACGUCGGCUCCCUCCAUUUCAACCGCUAAACGCCUCGCCGCCCGUCUCCCGCUUGCAUUGCUGCCGCCGCUCAUCCCUUCUGUUCUUGCCGAAGUCGUGGCCUCUCUUCACCCUCAAAACUCUAAAAGUUUCAAAACUAACGUAAGGUUGAGUCAAUCCAAGACUUUUAGGUCAAUCAAAACCAAUUUCAUCAAGCUUCACUAGCAACAAGAGCAAAAUCCUCAUCCUCUGCUAUGGCCUCCACUUCUUCCAUCCAUUUAAAGUCCAUCAUCAACUAUCUGCCUACUUCUGAUGCGGCUGGACGUUCUAAAGGAAUCACUUCCAAGAAUUUUCUGGUGAGUUUUGGAUUCCACAAGCCACCAUUUUCGAGGUGUGAUCAAUUGAUGCUUUCAAAAAAGUGUUCCAUGGACAAAGAGAUGGAUGUGUCCACAUCGACUUUGAUCGAUGAUGCUGAGUUGGAGGAAGAAGAGCCAAGCAUUUCAACUAUGAUAAUGAAUUUUGAAAGCAAAUUUGAUCCUUAUGGUGCCGUUAGCACGCCACUUUAUCAAACUGCGACCUUCAAACAACCUACUGCAACAGAAAAUGGCCCAUAUGAUUACACCAGAAGUGGAAAUCCUACACGUGAUGCCUUAGAAAGCCUCUUAGCAGAGCUUGAAAAAGCUGAUCGAGCACUUUGCUUCACCAGUGGGAUGGCUGCUUUAUCUGCAGUUGCUCAACUUGUUGGAACUGGUGAGGAAAUUGUUGCUGGUGAUGACAUUUAUGGUGGCUCCGAUCGAUUGCUCUCACAAGUGAUUCCUAGACGAGGAAUUGUGGUCAAACGUGUGAACACAAGUGACUUAGAUGAGGUCUCAUCUGCUAUCGGCCCACUAACGAAGCUUGUGUGGCUGGAGAGUCCAACAAACCCAAGAUUACAAAUAUCAGAUAUUCGGACAAUUGCAACUAUGGCACACAAACAUGGGGCUCUAGUGUUGGUAGAUAACAGCAUAUUGUCCCCUGUAUUAUCACGACCACUGGACCUUGGAGCAGACAUUGUUAUGCACUCUGCUACGAAAUUUAUUGCUGGACACAGUGAUGUAAUGGCAGGUGUGCUUGCUGUUAGGGGAGAAAGGUUGGCAAAAGAGUUGUAUUUCCUUCAAAAUGCAGAAGGAUCCGGACUGGCUCCAUUUGACUGUUGGAUUUGUUUAAGAGGAAUAAAGACACUGGCCCUAAGAGUUGAGAAACAGCAGGAAAAUGCACAGAAGAUUGCUGAAUUUCUUUAUACACAUCCACGGGUGAAGAAAGUGUACUAUGCAGGUCUUCCUACUCAUCCUGGUCGUUCAUUGCAUUACUCUCAGGCAAAGGGCGCAGGAGCGGUACUGAGCUUUUUAACCGGAUCGCUGGCACUCUCCAAGCAUAUUGUUGAGAGUACCAAGUAUUUCAGCAUAACUGUUAGCUUUGGUAGUGUGAAGUCCCUUAUAAGUAUGCCUUGCUUCAUGUCCCAUGCAAGCAUACCAGCUGCAGUGCGAGAAGCUCGAGGUCUAACAGAAGAUCUGAUUCGCAUAUCAGUUGGUAUUGAGGAUGUUAACGAUCUCAUAGCUGAUCUAGACAAUGCACUUCGAACAGGACCCCACUAGGAGUUUGGAACCUUCAAACUUGUAAACAAUCCGUAGUUAGAUGAUGAAAUGAUGAGAGGUUCUACUCCAAAAUCUUGGAGAUUGGGUCAUCUACGAGGGAUCAAGCAUGUAUGUGUGUGUGUCAAGAUUAUUUUUGAAUUGGGUUGGGAAGUGAGAGAACUAUGAGAAUGGCAUCCUCAAAGGAUUCUCCAUUUGUAUUGAAAGGUUUAAAUUAUACACUUUUAGACCUAUAAGGUAGGGACCUUUAUGAACUCAAAAUUCUUUGAAGUCGUAUAUUAAAAUAAGGAAAAACUACAAAUUUGGGUUGUAUCUUUUAA